GAAUCGCGGAUGCCCAUGGCGUUCCUGUUUGUGCUGAUGGGCGAGUUUCUGUUGAUUUUGGUGGACAGAGGCAUCUAUCUCAGCAGAAGCUUGCUGGCUAAGGCUAUCCUCCAGUUAUUUGUGUGCAUAGGCAUUCACUUGUUUGCCUUUUAUUAUCUGCCACUGGUUUUGCGAGGACAAACCGUGCCAAGACUAAGUGCGCCCGUCACCGUCUGGUACAUCUGCAAGUGUGUGUAUCUCUACGCCUCAGGGCUUCAGCUCAGGCAUGGCUACCCACGAUAUCUGCUGCGGGGGUGGUUGAACGGCCAGUACCGUCUGCUGGACGAUAUGAUGUUCCGAGUGUAUCGCAUCAUUCCGUUUGUGUUUGAGACCAUUUCGCUUAUGGACUGGAUCUUCACCCCCACCACACUCACGCUGUUUGAGUGGUGGAAGCUGGAGGAGAUCCUGUACAACCUGUUCAUCAACAAGUGCCGUUAUGUAGGACUCAGAAAAGAGGACCGGCUGCUGGGUGAGAAGAAGUCCUGGCUGAAUAAGCUGAGCAUGGGGUGGACCCUUCUGACAGGCAUUGUGCUGCUGCUGUGGUGUCCGUUGCUGAUUGUGUCACUCAGUCGCGUGUCUUCAAUUCCGACGCCCCCAGAUACUGUGCUGAUGUCCUUCAAAGUGAGCAGUGAAGAGCUGUGGCAGAUUUCCACAAACGUUGACGACAUCCGCCCCGUUUCCUCAGCCCAGUUUGAGAUGCUCGAAAAUCAGUUCAACACAGUUGGGUAUCGGCCAAAAGACGUAUACGUCGUCACACUCAGACCCGAAAGCCGUAGAAUGUGGGCUAUCACGCCGCCGUCGCGUAUCGAACUGCAGAAAGUAUUGGGAGAGAAAGAGCCCUGCCCACUAACUGUGGAAAUAACGGUGCAGAAAUACUUUACCGGUGGAUCGACUGCCAAAAGGGACGACACUGUGUACGGGUCUUUCCAGGACGUCCUGAAAGUUCACUCCGAAGCCAGAUACAAUCUUUCGACCGCCGUUGGGUUUGACUCCAACACAACAAGCGACAUUGAUCUGCAAACGAUUAUUCCUAUGGCUGUAUACGUGCCUGGCGCUGGAAAAAUCAACUCGGUGUCCACAAAUAGAAGUUUCUAUGCCAAUGCGACGCUUCGAUUAGUUAACAAUGCAGAAGACAGUGGAGGCCCCAAUCACGAAUGGUGGGAGCUUCGGCAGACCAGUUACCUUAAAGACCUAAUUGAUAACCCCUCUGCGCAAGGACUGUACAGACGCGAAAUUCGCCGCCACAUACAAACACCGUUUUGGCGAGAUGGGCACCCACAUAGUCGGUUUACCGACAUAGAGGAUGACGGUCGUAUUGAGAUCAUCACCUUCAACGAACCGGUGGACUCUGGCGCGCUUUCGGCAAUUGCCAAUUUAGGAAUCGUGGGUAUAUUCGUCUCAAUCGUCACAGUAGCUGGCCGUUUCCUGCGCAUGGCAGUUACGGAUAUGCAGAAUAGGAUCAUGUACGAGGACAUGCUCAAUGUGGAUGUGCUCCUACUCCUCGUGGGCGAUAUCAAGAUGUGUCGUGAGCUGGGAAAUCUAUACCUGGAAGAGGUUCUUUACCGUCAUUUGAUCGAGAUCUAUCGAGAUCCUCAUGUUCUGAAGAUCUGGACUGAUCCGCGCCUUGCCGUACAAGUAACGGACAGAGAACGCCAUCGACAGUGACAAGAUCAUGUGAACUGAACAUUCAACUUAGGCAGGCGUCAAAUACAGCAAACGUCAGCCUCGCAUUCGAGGCGAACACAUAUAUAUAUAAGCAUAUUGAUAUACAUAUGUGUAUACAUGUGUAUAAACAUAUGUAUAUAAACUACGCAACGGAUCUGUUGGAUUAGUCGGGAUCAACCAGGUAGACAAUGUUGCUGUGACAGAGAUAUGCACACAACAGAAACGCACUAAUCAGCCGUCUGGUAGAUGGCCUAAAUAACUAUCCCAAAACUUCCCGUACGCAAUGUCAAAACGAAAAGUGUAAAUAAAUGCAAUGUGAAAUA